AUGGAGGGGAAUGCUCAGGCUCGGUACGAUCCUACAAAAGGAGGGGAGCAGGUCGUCCCAGUCCUCGCGACAAAGAAGGCUGUCAGUUCUUGGGUGCACCUUCUUGCGGGCGCGAGCGGCGGAAUGGCCACUGCGAUAGUAACUUCGCCUCUUGAUGUCUUACGAACACGUCUUCAGUCCGAUUUCUACCAACCACAAAUUAGGGGCUCCGAUUCCUCUCACCAAUCAAACCAAUCAUCACGACCUCUUCAACGAUCAAAUCAUAAAACACUCCGGAUUAUCAGCUCCAUCUAUCGUGCUGAAGGGUGGCGAGCUUUCUUUCGAGGUCUCGGUCCUAGCAUGGCAGGUGUAGUCCCGGCGACCGCGAUCAAGUUUUACGUAUACGGGAAUUGCAAACGUGUCGGAGCGCAACUCAUGGGACAUACGGAAGACUCGGCUCUCAUCCAUGCUCAAGCUGCAAUCUGCGCAGGUCUCGCAACUUCUACAGCAACAAAUCCAAUAUGGCUUGUCAAAACACGACUGCAACUUGACAAAACACAAACCCACGCUGGUGGUCCUUCAACACGUCGAUAUCGCAAUAGCAUUGAUUGUGUCCGGCAGGUCAUGCGAAAUGAGGGUCUAGGUGGCUUCUACAGAGGAUUGAGUGCAAGCUAUCUGGGCUCGAUUGAAACGGCCUUACACUUGGUGCUCUAUGAGCAGUUGAAAACUAGGCUCAAUCGGUCAUUAGAAGCUACCGAGGGGCCAAGGACUCCCUUCUGGAACGAAGUUUUCCACUGGGUUAGCACUAGCGGUGCUGCGUCUUCCGCUAAACUAGUAGCAGGUCUAAUCACAUAUCCUCAUGAGGUUAUCCGAACACGAUUGCGCCAGGCACCUAUGGAGCAUGGCCAGGCUAAGUACACAGGCCUGGUACAAUGUUUCCGUACAAUCGCUAAAGAAGAAGGUAUGGCGGGCUUGUACGGAGGCCUCGCUCCUCACAUGCUCCGUUCUUUACCAUCGGCCAUCAUUACCCUUGGCGUAUAUGAAUUCGUGCUGAGGAUUACUGGUGCUUAA